AUGAAGGCUGGAGACGCUGCCCUCGAGUGUGUCUUCGAAGUCGAUGUCAACGGAAUCCUCAAAGUCACAGCCACCGAAAAGACUUCUGGCCGCUCAGCCAACAUUACUAUCUCCAACGCUGUGGGCAAACUUUCGACUACUGAAAUUGAAAAGAUGGUGGAGGAUGCUGCAAAGUUCAAGACCUCUGAUGAGGCAUUCACAAAGAAGUUUGAGGCCAAGCAGCAGUUGGAAUCAUACAUCGGUCGUGUCGAAGAGCUCAUCAAUGACCCCGGUCUCUCUCUCAAGAUGAAGCGUGGAAACAAGGCAAAGAUUGAAGAGGCUCUCAGCGAUGCCAUGCAACAACUUGAAGUGGAGGACUCCUCACCAGAUGAUCUCAAGAAGAAGGAGUUGGCCUUGAAGCGUGCUAUGACCAAGGCUAUGGCUACAAGAUAG